AUGGAGCAGCGUGUCCCGUACGACGUCGUCUACUGCACGAGCCAGGAUGACGAGUGCCCCAUCGAAGAGUUGGAGCGUGAGUCGCCGCCGCGGGCGGCGGAAGCCGUCGGCGCGGCCGCCGCAGCCAUGCUGCGGAGCUGCAGGGGCUGGCAGAGCGCGCGAAAUGCAAAGAUGCCGCAGGCGAUCGUUUUGCGUUUUCCUGGCAACGUGGAGCUGACGCAGCUGCGCAUAUUGAGCCACGAGUGCAAGAUUGCCUCCAAGGUGGAGGUGCGUCUCUUUGCGCUCAAAGGGAAGCAGAUGGAGAUGGACCCUCCCUCGUUUCACACCGUCCACUUCACGAAGCUUGGCGUCGUCGACUUCAACAGCAACGAGCAGUCGCAGUACCGCUCGAAGGAGCGCAAGACGAUCCACAUGCGGGCGGUGGCGUACUUUGUGAAGCUGCUCUUCCACGCCCCGCACCGCAACGCACAGAACGUCUUCAACCAAGUCGGGGUGUACUCCAUCGAGUGCAGCGGGCGCAUCCUCGCGCGCGUGCCGCACCACGCCGACCAGGCGCUCCUCCUCGGUAGCAGCCGCGCGGGCGGGGGCGAUGUGGCGCCGCCUUCGCAAAGCGCCGAGCGCUCGCAGCGCGCCGCGUUGGACACCGCCAGAAGCCCUCCACAGCCGCAGCCGCAGCCGCGCGAGUUGUCGCAUUCGCCGCCGACGACCCCGGCGCGCGACAUCAUCCCGCACGCCAAUGACGCCCCUGCCUUCCGCUCGGUCCGCAUUCUCGAGUUUGAGGAGUUCUUCCUCCGGCGUUCGGAGGAGCUGCUCGCGUUGAAGGACCAGGCGGUCGCCGUGGAGGACUUUGACAUUGCGAAGCAGUGCCGCGACCGCCUCAACCUCAUGAACCGGCGUUCGAAGCGCAUCUACCAAAUAGAGCAGGACAAGGUGCAGGCCAUCAUAGAGGAGGACUUUGACGCGGCGAAGGAGGCGAAGCGUGUGAUGGACGCCAUGAUAGAGCGGGUGUACAAGGAUGCCCAGCUGCCGCAGCCGCGACCGGACUUUGACCAGUACGCGUGUGUCGGCGACACAUUCGGUGAGAGCCUCCCCCCCCGGGUCCUGCAGGAGGCCGUGGCGGAGGUUAGCGAGGGACGACGCAGCAGGGACAAGAGCCGCGGCGAUGCACAUAGUCGGGGUGGCAGUACGGACGACGGGGGCGGCUCCAGAGAGGCGGACGCGGACGCCUGCGACGCCAAGAGGCAGGAAAGGCGGGAGGGCAGCAACGGCUGCAACAGCGACAGCGACGGCGGCGUGGCCACGGGCGUCGACGAGAGUGAGGAGAACGCCGAGCCGCUGGUGUCAAACUACGCGCAGCGGAUGGCAGACAUGGUGCGCGAAAUCACAAAUGAGAUUGACAGGCUGGACCCACCGCCGGGGCCGGACGACGACGAGGACACCAACACGCCAAAGGUGGAAGAGGCGAAGCUGCAGCCGUGGGAGCGGCGGGUGGCGCAAGCCAUCAUGGCGGCCUCCUCCGACACCGAGGGGCCAAAAGUGCUUAGCCCCUACGUGAGGAACACGCGUGAGGCGCUGGACCUCGUCGGCGCCGUGGGGACGUUUACCGCUUGCUGCCUUUUUAGUCGACGCUUCAAGCUGCGUGAGGCGGCGCUUGACGUCCUCAUGGACCAGAUGACUGAGCUUUACCAGGCGACCCCCUCCCUGAUCGAGGAGGUUGUGCUCCGCUUCCUCGACCUGGACGGGCAUGGGCUGCAGGACAUGAUACCAAACGUUGUCGCCGCGAGCUGCGCGUUUGUGCGCAUGGUGCUGGCGGACGAACACAAUUGCCUCUCCAAUGUGCUUGCGCCGGUGGUGAACCUGUUGCCGCGGCUACUGUGCUGCGCCGCGGACGCAAAUCCGCGCGUCCGGGAGGAGGCCUUAACCACGCUUACGCUGUGCAUCAAGACACCCUCCUUGACGAACCCAACGAUUCUCACGGCAGUGCUGGCGGAGCCGGUGGACAGGGAACGGCGUCGGCUGCCGAGCAGUGGGCGCCGGGUGCAGGUCGCUCGUCUGACGGUGUUCGAGCAGCUAGCGACGGCCGGUCGCAUGGGACUGCGCGCCCACACGGACAAUGUGUGGAAGAAGCUGCUGCUGCCCUGCAUCAACCAUCAGAGCCGCGAGGUGCGUGACCUCGCCGUGUCCAUCACCACUGCACUCGUGCAGGAGCGGAAGGUCGUGCUGACGGGAAAGCGCGUGCUUGCAAUCGAUAAUGCGGCAAUCCGUGAGCAAAUAAAGGCGGCUGUGGCGGAGGCGAAUCCCACCGCCCCCUCGCCCCCAGGGGUCCCGAGCGACGCCGUGGGUACGGCCGCAACCGCUGGUGCAAAAGGCAAAGCAACCAGCGAAGCGGAUCUGCAGCGGAACAGGCGAGCUAGGUCCACCGCGAGCGGGGUUAGCCGAGGUGUGGUGGCGUAA